GUCAGUAGCGCGCCGACCGUCAUUGAGUGAGGGUUGGUUUUCGUCGUUGGCGCAUAAUUGGCGCCAAGUCGCAGCAAAAUUACUUCGCGUGCUUCCUCGUCCGCAUUUUUCAUAUCACGCGCAUUUGGUCCGUCAAUAAUAGAAGCAAACUCACUUCGAAAGUCGUGGUGUCGGAUGAGCUAAUAAUUACUGUACGCAUAAUCGUAAGUGCUAAGAGAGAACGUCGUCAUGGGUACCGUGUGUUGUGCCCCGCGGGUGUAGUGCAAAUCGCGCGAUCGUGCACAACAAGGAUAAAGAAAGGGAAUAGAAAAUCGGUGCGCGAGAAAAGGACGAAGGUUAUAGAAGGCGCGAGUGAUCGCUAACUGGCCGCUAACUUCAGACAUCUCAUCGUGGAAGAGUGCGAUAGAGAAGGAACGUAGAAGUAGAAGUACGUGAAGACGAUAAUGCGGAGUCGUUGCUGCCGUCUUCGAUAACAGAACGACGUUCAGAUCUGCUCGUAAACGAGCGAGGAGAUCUAACGGACAGAAAUGACUCGCGGAAGAACGUCUAUCCUCAUAUUGGGAUGCAUAGGAACAUUUCUGCUGCUUUUUGGCAAUGCGAUCGCGGAGGUUACGGAAGCGUCAUCCACUGUGGUGUCAGAGAAAUUGGAUUCUCAAAAAGCAUCGAUUCUUCAAGAAUCCACGACAAUCGUAACAAGGACUUCUUCGAUCCAUCAGAAUCAAUCAGUCGCGGAAAAAAAUGGACAUAAUACUGAUUUGGCGAAUCGGAAAACUCAUAAUGAUGAUGAUGGAUCGCAUGACAGUGUCAACGGUAAUGAUGCGAGUAAGAACGUAGAGGAAAACAAUGUGUCGCGUAACGCAAGCGAAACGACACAUGCAAAUUCGACAAAAUCAAACGACGAAUCUUCGGAUUCGUCGUCGUCAGAUGGGAGCAGAAAGCCAAGAUAUGAAGAUAUUGCCGCUGAAAGUUCCGGGAAAAGCACCAGCACAAAGGUCAUCUCGGAAGACGCUCUCAGAUUCUCUAGCACGAACGAAUUGACUGUAACGACCACGAAGCUGACUUUCAACGACUCUAAGCAGGACAGUAAGAAGAACUCUGGGAACGUCACACUUCAGGAAUUUUCCAAUAAUGAAGGAAUAUCCGAUAUAAUCAUCUCUCCAAGUACGGAAGGAAAAAUUGUCGACGAGAAAUUAAGCGCAAAUCUUACGAAGACGUCGGCAUCUAAACACGUAGAAGGGCAAUCCUCUGCCAAGUACGAAGAGAAAAGAAAUGUAACUACAAGUAAACAAGAAAUAACGACUGUUAAAUCUGUCAGAGAAGGUCUCUCCUCGAUGUCUUCGAAAUCGGUAAUCGAAGAUAUUAAAUCCGACGAGAAAAAGGACAAACCUAUAAAAUCUGACAAGGAGAUUGUUUCGAAAAGCGAAUCAAAAAAGAACAAAGAUAUAAUCUCGGCUGAUUUGAAGAUAGAGGAUCAUGAAUUAGAGAGUCGUGAUCGAGAAUCGACUACAGUGCACGGUAUUCAGCGCGAAGAUUCUUCAGGAUCCAAAAUAAAUGCGAAUGAUUUAGGGACAACGGCGUCCGAAACGCUUGAUCUGGAAAAAAUCGAUGAAAAGGGACACGAGAAAACCAUUUCGUUGAUUCAUGACACGUACGUGAACUACGAUCAUGUUUAUAGAACGUCAUCGGAGAAGAAUCCUAAAGAUAACUCGAGCAACAAUUCCAUCGACGCCAGUGAAUCACGCGGGAAAAAUAAUCCAAAGGAAGAGGUAGAAGUCGUUAAGAAUGUGAGUCAACAAUCGACAUUGAGAAUCGUAUCCGCAAAUAAUUCCGCAAAAAACGAUUCGCACUUUAAUGAAUUGGACAAUCAAGAAGAAGCCGUUUACAUCAAGGGGAAAGAAGAGACUAACGCCGGAAACGAAAAGCGCCACGAACAAAACUCUUCUGCUGUCAAUACGACCACUGAGAGUACAGAUGGUACGGAAGAACGAAAAUUAAUAGGGAAACCUGAGAGUCAGAUAAAACUGCCCGAAACAACGACUCAGAGCGUCCAACUUGAAGAGCAUGCUUCAUUCAUUGAUGAAGCCACUCCUAGUCCUGUUCCACAAGGCCGAACUAUCGGUUUUUCCAGAGUUAACGAGUUCUCUAGCAUUGAAGUGAAAUCUACAGCCUCAAUAAAAAUCGACGGAAGAGUCGAAGCGUCAUUGGUCACUCCGAAUUUGCGUGACAUUUCCAGCACGGAAAGAAUAGAUCAGAAACCUUAUCCUUAUCUGAAAUCCAGCGGAGAAUCGUUACAUAUGACAACAGAGGCCAGUUCGAAGUUGGAGACUGGAAGCGUUACCGAAGAAACAUCAGCUUACGAAAACACAAUUGGAAGAGGAGAACCCGAGAAAAAAUUUGUCGUCACGGAAGCUUCGGUUGUGAUUGAAAACAGUAUUCAACAGCAAAAAGUGGAUAAAAAUAAUAUUAACAAAUCUGCGAAUUCCACGAUGGAAACCCUCUCCUCUUUGAUACCGGUGACAGUGAUCCCGAUUGUUUCAGUUGUUGGACCAACAAACAAAACUUUUCUGGAGAGAUUUAACAACAGCGUAAAUGAGACCUCGAAGGUGAAAGGCUCGGGAUCAAACGACAAUGACGUGUUAGAUGCAAAAGAGGCAGAGAAAGCGACUGCAAUUAGAGGCGAGGGUUAUGAUGUGACUGGAAACGGAAUAACGGAAGUCAGUUUGACUCCGGACGUAAAGGAAGUAAAAUCACAUCCCGGAGAAACGACAGAAUCAUCGUUGCUUUCCACGAACGUGUCGAACACAUCGAAGACACUUUCUCUGAAUACGGAUAUUCAGAUGGAACCGGAAGAAGCUAUGAUGAUACGAUCAACUCUCGUCAUUACCGAAUCCACAUUGAUUCCUUUGGAUAAAGACGUGGCGACGGAAGCGAACAAGUCCACAACUUCGAUGACGUCAACAAUGGAGAUUAGCACAGCGACCGUCGCGCCGGUUUCCGAAAAUUUCACAGAAUCGACAACGACGAAGACAAACGUCACCGUUUUUCCCCCGCAGUCUUCCUUGAACGUCAAUCAGACCACCGAAUCCCCAUCUACCACAUUAAAUCCUGACGAGUCGCGAAUUCCGACAACUACGUCCGUCGAAUUUGAAUUUGUCAGUUUGACGGAGGCAGUUCUUUUGGCGAAUAACGCGACCGGAGAAACAGAAGGGCGAACCUUCGAGGAACAGACAGUGCCUUCGAAUAUCACGGCAAUACGGGAUUUAUCCAAUAAUUCAACAGACGAGGCGAUCACCAUGACGAAAUCUGAGGAGUUCACCGAACUCCCGAUGACCACCGAAGACGGUUCGUCAACGACGAAUCAGAUAUCGAUCGUCCAGCGCAACAACGAAACUAUCGAAACCAGAGAUCCUCCUUCAGUUACUCACUCCGCUUCUGAGGACCAAAGCAAUCGCACGGAGUUCACCAAGUACUCCGAAGUUACUGUAAGCGUCAUCGAUCUCAUGAGCAUCACCGCAGGCGCUGAUACCGCAGGAGUCUCCGGCGUUACCGAGGAUCCUUCAGAGGAUUCGUCUAAGGACUCGAGUUUCGACGCGAACAUCACUGAGACGUCCGCCCCAGGCGCGAUAGAACUUACGCCGGAUUCAGGCGUCACGACGAACGCCACGAAGAGCCCUUCAGUUCCGUUCGCCACAAGUACCGUGGAAACGAGAAUUCUCUGGAAUACGCCUAAUUUCACGGAGCUACCUGACGAAGAGACAACGGAAAAUAUUCCAUCGCCGGAUGAGAUCACGAUGCUUAAAAUUGUCAUCGAGGGUACUUUGCCCGAGGUAUGUCCUCGGCUAGAGGACUUAAAAAAGACGCUCGCAGAUAUUCUCACAAAUGGCAUGGACAAAUUCGUAUUGCCGAAGCAAAUCAUCAUUUAUAAAAAUCCUUGUCACGAACCGGCAAAUUCGUCUCCGACACCCACGGACGGUUCCCUAACUUCGAUUCUGGUUUACGUCGUUGAUGAAGACGGCAAAUUUGACGCAGCCAUGACAAAGAUUCUACCAAGUUUAUACAAGGUGUCUCCCAACUUCCCAGUGAGAAUACACAAGUUUCUUCUGGUACCGGAAGCGAAUUCCGGAAGUGCAAUAGCUGUCGUCGUGGUCUCUUCUGUGGCCUUUAUUUGUCUUCUACUUCUAGCCGGACUCUUGUUUAUAAUGAGAAAGAGGCAAACGAGAUUCAACUACGGAGAACGGUGUCGACCGGUAUCCUUGGAUGCCUACAGCCUCGAUAGUGUUUCAGCUUACAAUAGUGUAAGGCGCAAAGGUGUGGUGAGGGCCUCCAAGAGAAGCUACGGCAAUCCGACCUUCGAAGAUUCGAGCGCCAUUCCCUCCCAUCCCCUGAACUUCGCCGGGCUUUCAUCUUUCUGUAACGACGUUAAUGCAAUCAAUGAAGAGUUCGCGGGUAUACCCCAAGUUUCAGGAAAGAUAGACGAGUUGCCGCCGGGCGCGGAAGUGAAGAAUAGAUACGCUAACGUGAUACCACUUCCGGAGACGAGGGUGCAGUUACAGAAGCUGAACAACGAUUCCUUGACUGAGUACAUCAACGCCAGUUACGUGAGGGGACCUAAAAACGCCACAAAGUAUUAUAUCGCGUGCCAAGCGCCAAUAGAGUCGACCGUUACCGACUUUUGGCGGAUGAUCUGGGAGCAGCAGUGCAAGGUAAUCAUCAUGCUGACCGAUCUCGUCGAGAACGGAGUGGAAAAAUGCACGGAGUACAUUCCACCGUCGGAGGUGACCGACUGUCACCGGCUUUACGGUGACUUUCAAGUUACCUUGAAGAAGCGGGAAACCAAAGAGAAAUACGCUAUCUCUACGCUUCACCUAAAGAAUCUGGAGAACAAUACGUUCCGAGAGGUAUUCCAUAUUUGGUACCUAUGGCCGGUGAAUGGCGUCCAAUCGGACGGUGCAGGCCUAAUAGCGGUGCUUCUCGAAGCGAGAGCACUCCAGCGUGGUGGCCCCGGGCCCAUCGUGGUCCAUUGCAGUCCCGGCACAGGUCGCACCGGCACGCUAAUAGCCCUCGACCUAGGGAUUAGACAAUACGAGAUUACAAGGACCGUGGAUGUUCCAAGGGUGGUUUACACCAUCAGGAGAGAUCGUGCCGGUGCGGUUCAAACCAAGGAGCAAUACGCUUUCAUAUACAAGGCACUAAAUCUGUACGCGACAAAACUCGCCGGCGGUGUGCUGGAAUCGACGUGAAGUAUUACAAGGAUACCCAUGAAACUGGAUUUCAGUUAGACUGUCUGAUUAGCGGAUAAUGUAUGUGCAUAUGCGAAGUCGAAAGAUUUUACUUUUUGGGAAAAAAAACUCCUGCGCUAAUAAAAAAAAAAGUGCAUAGAUUGACGGCUGGUUAAAUUAUAUGUAUCAAGAUUUGCCAAAUGUCGCCUAAUUUAAGAUGAGAGGGAGCAUCCUAAUAUCUCGAAACCUCUCAUCGAAGGAGAAAACAAGGGCUUUGUGAAACGCGCGUAAGCUAUAAAACGAAAUAGUGAGCCCGAAAUAAAAAAAAAAAAAAAAAUAUGUAAAACAGGGUGGAUGUGUAUUUUAUUAGAAUAAUGACUGUUAUAUGUGUAGCGACGAACUGGACUUAUUAAAGAACUAAAUGUUACCUAAAAUAUCGAAGUGAAAUUAAUUUGUGAUUUUCACUUUUGAGCCUUAUUAAUUUCUUAACUUGAAAUUAAUUUGUGAUAUAUGUGGAUUACUUGUAAGUUUGUUAAUAUCAGCGCAAUUCGUUUCAAUGCUGACUCUGUCGAAAUUUCUGUCAAUUUUAAGGAUAUCCAAAGAUAUCUCUGUUCUUGUAAAAAGAACAGAGAUUUUUAUGAUCAUUUAUAUGAAUUUACGUGAAGCAAUCUAAAUGUAUUUAAAAUAUAUUGAAUUUGUAUAUUGUAUUUAAAUAUUUAAAUAUAUAAUGUUAAAAAUUUAAAUAUAUUUAACAUAUUUCAAUGUUCAAAAAGAGAAUCCUUCCUCAGAUUUUUAAGUAACGACCAUAUUUUUUAAUAUUCCUAAGAUUAUGAUAAAAUUUUACGUUAUAUUACUUACUCGUGUGUGAGUCGCAAUGUUUGCGAAAUAUCGGGAACCAAAACUGAAGGAAAGAUAAGUUUGAUUGGAACUUUAAUAUUGAUGAUAUUUCUUAUUUUCUAAUAAUCUCACAUAAUAGAUGCAUUGCGAUUGAAUGUAAUGAGAGAAAAUUUGGGAAUAUUUUACAGUAAUGUAUCAAGCGCGAAAAGUCGUAUGCGUGUGUAUAUGGCAUGAUAUAUCGCUUAUAUAAUAAUUAUCUUCGAUAACAACUAAAUUUAAUAACAAUUAUUAACAAUUGAUUUGUUUUCUUAUAAUAAUAUUCAGACAUCGCGAGCGUUGAUUUUGAUUUUCUUCUUCAAACCAAUAAGUAUUCUUUGUUAUUAUUAUUGUUGUUGUUAUUGUACAGAGUAUGUUUCAAUUCGUGUUCUGUAUGUGUGUGUAUGUGUUGCUCUCUAUAAUUGUAAAUAUGUAGAGUGUCAACGAUUAUUUCGACAAUUGUGUUAAUUGAUCCACUUGAGAGAUUUUAUUUAUACAUAUAUUAAAUAUUCGUUAAUCAUUGUUUUUUUUUUUAGGCCAAGAAGUACCAGUGUUUUUUUGCGAGCCUAAUUGUACGGACUGGAAAUAAAAAUGUCCGUCCACAAGUGCAAUGUACCAAUUGUGUAUUUAAAGUAGUUAGUAUAUAAUUAUAUAUUAGUCACUAUAUAUUUUUAUAACAAAGCUUUAUUUGGAUUUUAUGAUCCUUCGUAAUAAUUGUAAUAAACGGUAGAAUUCAUUUUUAUGUGCUUUCCAAAUAUAAGUAAAUUAUUGUGCAACUAA